AUGAAACCGGGUGGAGCCGGUGGCGGAGGCGGCAAAAAUUAUGGUUCGGCAAUCAGUCAGGGAAUUUCGGAGUUUGAUCGAAUGGGACAUGCGUUGGAUGAAGCUGAACGAAAUAUUGACAAGGAUGUUGAGCACACGAUAGCUGGAUUGCCGAAAAAACUGAGCGAGACGACGACGCUGAAACGAAAAUCGAUUGAGGCGACCGAGAGCGGUGUUGAGAUGACGACGGCGUCGGCGGCGCCCGCUGAAUCCAGCUAUGUGCUUUUCCCAUUCGUCGUCGCCGGCCUCGGAAUGGUGUUCGCUGGCAUCGUUCUAUCGAUCGUUGUCACGUGGCCGCUGUUCGUCCAGGUGCCGGAGAUUCUCAUUCUUGUGCCGGCGCUUCUCGGCCUCAAAGGCAAUCUCGAAAUGACGUUGGCUAGCCGAUUGUCGACGCUGGCCAAUCUCGGCCAUAUGGACUCGUCGAAACAGCGCAAAGAUGUUGUGAUUGCGAAUUUGGCGUUGGUGCAGGUCCAGGCGACGGUCGUCGCGUUUUUGGCGUCGGCGUUCGCCGCAUCGCUCGCGUGGAUCUCGAACGGCGAUUUCGAUUGGGCGCAUGGUGCGCUGAUGUGCGCCAGCAGUCUCGCGACAGCGUGCAGCGCCUCGCUGGUUCUGUCGCUUCUCAUGGUCAUCGUGAUUGUGGCGUCGCGACACUACAACAUCAAUCCGGACAACGUCGCGACACCGAUCGCCGCCUCGCUCGGCGAUCUCACCACACUCUCGGUGCUCGCCUUCUUCGGCUCGGUGUUUCUGAAGGCGCACGAGACCGAAUCGUGGCUCAACACGAUUGUGGUGUUGGCGUUUCUGUUGGUGUUGCCGAUAUGGGCGCGAAUCGCGCAGAACAACGAGCAGACGAACGAGACGUUGCGCAACGGCUGGACGCCGGUGAUCAUGUCGAUGUUGAUAAGCAGCGGCGGCGGAUUCAUACUGGAGAAUGCGGUGAAGAGCUAUCAGAGUUUGAGCACAUUCGGGCCGGUGUUGAAUGGUGUCGGCGGCAAUUUGGCGGCGGUUCAAGCGAGCCGCCUCUCGACGUUUUUCCAUCAGUCGGCGGCCGCGCUCGGCGAGUUGCCCGAAGGAUGGACGAUUGAUCGGUUUUUGAGUGUCAAACGCGCAUUUUUCUCGAAAGAAUGGGACUCGAGAUCGGCGCGAGUAUUGCUGCUUUUGGUGGUCCCUGGACAUAUUUGCUUCAAUUUUUUGAUUCAAAUUUUCUCGCUUCAUGAUCAUGAUGGCGUUCGACCGCCGCAUGGGCCGCUUUUCAAUAGUUUGUACUUGCUCGCGGCAAUUGUUCAGGUGAUGAUCCUUCUAUUCGUCUGCCAAUAUUUGGUUGCCCUUUUAUGGAAGCUAAAAGUCAAUCCCGACAAUUCGGUGAUACCCUAUUUGACGGCUCUUGGCGAUUUGCUGGGAACAUUCCUCCUAUUCAUCGUAUUCCUUCUCACCGACAAAUUCGAGCCCAAAGAGAUUUCGGAAGCGAAAUAG